AAAUAAAAUUUAUGACGACGACCUUCAUUUAUGACAGAAACUCAAAAAUCGAUUCAUAAAAUAACACAGAGCAUGUUUAAAGUUUAGAUUUAUUAUUAUUCAGUCUGAUUUUUGGAAUUGUGUUUCUUCUUUUUUUUCCUUUGUUGUGUUCAUUCUAUUUUUUUUUUCAUUUCAAAUUUCGUCAAUCAUCCAUACGUCAACAAUGGCUUUUCAUUGCCAUUCAUUAUUAUCGAUAUUGAUUAUCAUAUCAGCUCUAAUUCUAAAUGAAUAUUUGACCAAUGUUUCAUCACAGAAUAAUUCUACAGAAAAUUGUAUAUGCGAUGUAAAAUAUUUUGGCCAAUAUUGUGGUAUUACAUUGAAUGAAAAAAAUCCCAACAAUGAAUGCAGUACAAAUAUGUAUUUAUGUGGUAAAUCAAAUCUUAAAUCCAUUGCUGUAUUAUUGAAAACCUGUAAACCAGGUGUCAAUUGUGAUCAAAGAUUGAAUGGAGGAAAUGCCUGUUAUCAGAAUGCAAAAUGUUAUUGUCCACCACAAUUGGCACGUAAAAAGAAAUAUUGUGGAUCCGAUUUACAAGGUGCUGAUUGUAAAGCCGAUAUUAUUUAUCGUUGUCCAAUGGUUCGACGUUAUCAGGCUAGUCCUGAAGAUGCUUGCCCGUUUGGAUGUGAAGAUGGCAAAUGUAUGACACAGUGAAUCGUUGAAAUUUAAAUUAGAAAAAAAAAAAUUCAAUUAUCGACCACUGUGGAUUUUGGUUGAAUCAAUUAGAUUAGUUUGUAGAUUUAAUUAUAAUCUAUAAUGGAAAAUGCAAUGU